AUGUCUAUUAACACUAAAGAGCUGAUUAAAUCUUCAAAAGUUUGGAAUGUUAGAAAUAUCAAUACAAUUGCAAAACCUUUGGGAAAUGAUUAUUAUAUUUGCAGUGGGCCUUUUAAGAACAACGCUUAUCCUACAGUCUCGUGGGAAAUUUGUAUUUAUUUGAAUGGAUAUCAAGGAGGAAUUUAUGGAAGCGUUAAUGUUUCGCUCCGUCAAAUGGGACUUAAAGGCAAUGAUUGUGUUAAAGCUAAAUAUUAUUUUUAUGCAAUUCAAAAUAAUGGUAUUCGCAUGGAUAUUGGACGUGCCUCACAUGACUUUAAAUAUUGGACCCAAACUAGCAGAUACAAUGUUAAUAUGCAAAGUUUGCUCCAAAUUGACGGUUCUAUUACACUUGGAUGUGAUGUUGAGUUUACUUUGGAAGACCUCAUCCUCGAAUAUAUUAAAAAGGAUGAAUCUGCACUUUACUCUAAAGCUUUGCUUCAAAAUAUGUGGCAGAAUAUGGAAUUUAUGGAUUGUGUUAUUGAGAUUGGUGAGGUGUCGAUUAAUGCACAUCGAAGCGUAUUAGCUCAAAAUAGUGAAGUUUUUCGACGAAUGUUGUACACGAGUGGAUUCAGUGAAGGACAAAAUGUACGCAAAACGCGUAAAAGAUCUUAUCAAGCUAUUAAUAAUGGGAUAGUCAAAAUUACUGAUUGUUCGUCGGAAUGUUUCCAAGCAAUGUUGGAAUAUUGUUAUACUGGAAUUGUUUCUGAUGACAUUUUGGAGGGCUUCGCGGAGGAGCUCUUUACUGUUGCUCAUAAAUAUGAAAUUUCUCCACUUAAAGAAAAAUGUGAAAAUUUCAUUGCUGCUUGUAUUGGAGUUUGUGAUAUCUCACGAAUUUGUCAAAUUGUCCAUCUUUAUGGUUCUUCAAUUUUGGAGAAGGUUGUUUGGGUUUGA